CGCUCUCGCCGCCGCCCUCGCCCUAAACCCCAAUUAACAUUUUACAUUUCCUGCCACAUUACGACUUCCACUUCACACGAAAUAGGUGAACGGUCGAGUAGGGACGGACAAAGACGUUUACAAUGACUUCUCACACACUUCUUUUAAAACCCAUUAGAAUAUUAAAUGAUAUUCUGCACACAUUAGAUUUAUUAAACGAGUUGUUCCUUCUUUGUUCGGGGCUAUUAAAGGAAGCAUGCGGGAAUAUCGUGGGAGACUGGGAGGAAGGGAGAGGUAGGCUACAUGAAACAAGUUUGAUUAAUGCGGAAACACAAUGAGAACAUAGUUACAGCACUAUUGCAAUGGAUUCUUGUCUUGAAGAUCCAUCAACAACCACAACACAAUCAUUGCAAUUGAUGCAUGUUAAAAACGAACAGUAAAUAAUUAAUCAUCCUCCUUUUUCAGUAAUGCAUAUUAUCGUAUUCCGUACCAAAAAAUAUAUUAAGAAAAUAUAAACUUUAUCCAUUUGCAUAAAAAUACUUAUUACAUACAAUUGGCUAAGUGCAACUAAUGUGUUAUACGUAUUUUGAUACAGAAUCUGUGUUUAUCAUACAAAUACAUAUCAAUGUAAUGGCUUCAUGUAUCAUGAAUAGUAUAGAACAAUAAAAAAGUUGAAUGUGUAUGA